AUGGCACCGCAGGCCACUCAGGAUAUUGUCUCUCGUGAAAAUGGCAAGCGAUGGCUGCCCACUGCCAAACAGGACCAGAGCGCCCUUGAGGCCUUGUCGCAGGGCACGCCCCUCCGUGGCAUCCCAACAUUCCCGUCAUUCCAUGAGCAUCGCACCCAUAUACUGGAACACAUGGCGGCCGCAUUCCGCAUCUUCGCCCGAAAUGGCUACACCGAAGGCAUGGCCGGCCACAAUUCUGUUCGUGAUCCCGAACACCCUCACACCUUCUGGACGAACCCCCUGGGCCAUGCAUGGGCGCUGAUGCGAGCUUCCGACAUGAUAUUAGUCAACUACGAGGGCAAGGCGAUCGGCGGCAACAUGAGCCGCCCAUCGAACAGCGCCGGAUUCUUUAUCCACAGCUCUCUGCACAAGGCCAGGCCCGAUGUAAACGCGGCAUGCCAUGCGCACUCCAUCCACGGCAAGGCGUGGUCCGCGUUCGGCAGACCCCUAGAGAUGAUCAACCAGGAUGCCUGCGUGUUUUAUGGCGAAGCCCAGGCUAUCUAUAAGGACUUUGGAGGAGUUGUGUUCGACGACGCUGAAAGUCAACGACUCGCCGAUGCCCUUGGGCCUAAGGGCAAAGUCCUCAUGCUCACAAAUCACGGCCUCUUGACAGUAGGGGAGACGGUGGAUGAGGCGGCGUACCUGUUCACGUUGAUGGAAAGGAGCUGCCAGAUCCAGCUAAAGCAGACGCCGCGGCUGCUCAUGGGAUGGAAAAGGUGUAUAUAG